GUCUUUGGGUUUGGUCAUGGACGAGCAGGCUGGCAGCGCGGGCAACAGCCCUCAGCACGGCCGUGGAUCAGCCAAGCAGAUCGUUCUCCGCUGCGGUUGGCUCCGGAAGCAAGGCGGCUUCGUGAAGACCUGGCACACGCGCUGGUUCGUCCUGCGAGGAGACCAGCUGUACUACUACAAAGAUGAGGACGAGACCAAAGCUUUGAUGUGCACAUUACGCUGUUUAAAGUCUACCAGUUCAUUCACACGCAACUAUCACGACAUUCUCCGAGUUCAAAUCUCGAGCCAAGAUGCAAACAAGAGAGGUUUCGUCAGCAGUCAGAUAUUGGAUUUCAAGGGUAGGCAGCUUCUUCGUUCAGGGUUUUCGUUGACAAAGCUAUCAAAGGACACUGAAUACGACUUCUGA